AUGCCAAGUGCCGCAACAAUCGCUCGUGUCCAAGGUUUAAUCAACUCAUCUAAGAUCUUUGUCGCUUCAAAGACAUACUGUCCAUACUGCCAAGCCACUUUGAAAACUUUGUUUGAAGAAAAGAAGGUGGACAAAAAGUUGGCUACUGUUUUGCAAUUGAACCAACUAGAAGAUGGUUCCGAUAUUCAGGAUGCUUUGGCAGAAAUUACCGGCCAAAAGACUGUUCCAAACAUCUUUAUUAAUGGCAAGCACAUCGGUGGUAACUCUGAUUUGCAAGAGUUGAACAACUCCGGUGAUUUGGAUAAGUUGUUGGCUUCCUUAUAA